GUGAAAUCGAAGGCCAAGUUGAUAAGGACCAAAGCCAUGGAAUAACGACAUGAUAUGAGUGACGCCCGCAAUUGCCGUGCCCAACUAUCCUUGGCAGCCUCACGCUAUGAAGAGGAUGUGGUCCCCCCGGGCCACAGCAGCGUGUGGGGCUCUUUCUUUUCAUCGCAAGAUGGCUGGGGCUACGCCUGCUGCCGUGCAACCGACAAGAAUGCUCCAGCAUGCUGUGAGUCUGAGAGGCCAGCCCUUCCAGAGUCCAAGAGAGCAGAUCAAGCUCCAAACGAAAAGGUGACGAAGUCCUGGAUGCCAAGGAGCUCUUUCCAGACAUCGGUGGGUUUCCUGGCUCAUGCGCUGCAAUACCUCCUUCAGUGUUGGAGAUCCGCUGGCACCAAAUCACCCGAGUUCGUGCCGCGUGGGGACCGCAUGCCGUCCCAGAAAGCGAUGGACGAGGUGGACACUGCCAUUCGGGACCUUUCAGACAAGCUUGGUGCUCAGAAGCUUCCAUUGGUUUUGCUGCUUAAGCUGGAGGAGAUGGUGACAUGCAUCGGCGAGAAGGAGUACACCAGCGCCAACAAGAUCUAUAUGGAUUUGGUAAUCGGAAGCAAGAAGUGGCUCAAUGAUAUGCCGUACAUGGUGAACUUCUCCAUGGCUCGGCAAGACACUGAGGUGCAUUGGGCACCACAGUCCAGCACAGAUCCAGUCGAGGAGGCUGGCGUGCGUGAGCACAUCGUGGCCCUUCGACGCUUGAUGAUGGCCUUGCAGGCAGGUCUUGGCAACGAACAGGAGCCUCACUGCACGACCCUUAGGACCUGGAGGCGUAUGCGUCCGUUUCAUCUCUUGGACCCGGAGGCGUUGGACCCGAACGCGGAUCCGUCCAAGAACUGCGGAUGCUGCUGUGAUGGAACAGUUCGGGUGGGAUGGGUAGUAAUGCUUCUCUCAUGGAAGGGAAGGAUGAGUGUUUCUUCGACAAAAUGUUUGGGUCCAAUUUCGAAAGCUUGCAUUUCGGGGGAAACAGCUAUAUAUUUGCGUAGACUUAGACGGUCCAACCAUUCCCAACCAUCGAUGCUUUUUGCAUCCUUAGAAUCCUUUUUGCAUGUGUCCGCGGUCUUCGCGAUCUUUCUAGCAAACUCCUCCCUCUCUGUGACGAUGCUUCGAGAAUGAGAAAAGAAGGUGAUCAUUUUAUUUUGUUUGUUCCGCCUUCACUGCAUGUUGGCCCUGGUCGGAGCAUUCUCGAACUGCCGCGUUGAGAGCUUUGGAUAUCUGAGGAGCUGGCUGGUCACCUCAGUCCCCGACGUGCGAGGUGAUGUGCCAAACGAGCUGAAGACCGUGCAACAGGUGGUAUCCACAAAAAUGGACAACGAGGACAACACCCCUGAGUGCUGAAAACUGCACCGAUUUGCUGAGUGGAGUUUGGCUCCAACGACGCAGACGAAGACGAAGACCGGACA